AUGUUGAAUAUUUCCGGAAUGGAGUCUCGCUCAAAGUUUGCUUGCCUUAAUAUUGACGAUGAUUCUGAUGAGGAGUUCACCAGAGUAACCAACAACAAGGCUGCAUCGAAGAAAGGUGGACAGAAUGGAAUGGGCGGUCCGAAGGUGAAAAAUGGUGGCAAACUCGUGGUUCAUGCUAUAGAGAAGAGGCCAAAACCGAAGAAGAGCAAUAAGGACAAAGUUGUCGAUCCAACUACUGGAUUAGUUGUGCAAGGAGUCGACGAGAGUUACGCUUCAGAGCAGAAAUAUCGCGAG